UCUCUGCCCUCAGAUGCACAGGCUCAGUUAGAUGUGUGUGGACUGGCUCCCCUCAACAGCAAGAUAGUGGGGGGUCAGGAUGCUCGCCCCGGUGCCUGGCCCUGGCAGGUCAGCUUGAAGAUUGCGUCAAACAUACAUUUCUGUGGAGGCUCCUUGAUCAACAAGCACUGGGUGAUGACGGCAGCUCACUGUGUUGACAGUCCAGAGACCUCACAUGCUUCCAUCCACUUGGGUCUGCAGAAUCAGCAGGCGGCCAACCCAAAUGAAAUGACCCUGGAGAUCUCCCAGCUUGUCCUUCAUGAAAACUACGACCAAUACACAAAAGAUAACGAUAUCGCUCUGCUGCGGCUCUCCAGGCCUGUCACUUUCACGGACUACGUUCGGCCAGUGUGUCUGGCCGCAUCAAACAGCUCCAUCAAGACAGGAACUAACACCUGGGUCACUGGCUGGGGAGCCAUCAAUCAAGAUGGAACCACUCUACCUUUCCCCCAGACGCUACAGGAAGUAGAGGUGCCAGUGGCAGACACUAAAAAGUGUAACUCCGUUUAUGGUGGCACAAUCACAGACAACAUGAUCUGUGCCGGUUUGGAGGAGGGAGGCAAAGAUUCUUGCCAGGGAGACUCAGGAGGGCCAAUGGUGAUCAAGCAAGGAUCUCGCUGGAUCCAGGCUGGCGUUGUGAGCUCCGGCGCUGGCUGUGCUUUGCCAGAUGUUCCUGGUGUGUAUACCAAAGUGUCCCGGUAUGAGAGCUGGAUCAAAUCUAAGACCAACAAUGAUGAGAUUGGUUUUGUUGCAUUGAACUUGUUUCCAUCAGUGUGUGGACAGGCUCCACUUAACACCAAGAUCGUGGGGGGUCAGGACGCCCCUGCUGGUGCCUGGCCCUGGCAGGUCAGCUUGCACACAUCUGGCGGCCAUUUCUGUGGCGGCUCCUUAAUCAACAAAGACUGGGUGCUGUCAGCGGCUCACUGCUUUACGAGAGUUAGCGCUUCACAAGUGACUGUCUACCUGGGUCGCCUAACACAGGAGGGAACCAACACAAACGAGGUUUCCCGAACAGUCUCCCAGAUCAUCAGUCACCCCAGCUACAGCAGCAGCUCCACCGACAAUGAUAUUGCCCUGCUGCGCCUCUCCUCUUCAGUGACUUUCACAGACUACGUCAGGCCGGUAUGCCUGGCUGCAUCAAGCAGCAGCUUUGCGGCCGGGACCGAGACCUGGAUAACGGGAUGGGGAACGAUCAAUGAGGAUGGAACGAGUCUGCCCUCCCCUCAGACGCUACAGGAAGUACAAGUGCCGGUGGUUUCCAACACGGACUGUAACAAUGCGUAUGGCGGCAUUACAAACAAUAUGAUCUGUGCUGGUUUGACUGACGGCGGCAAAGACUCCUGCCAGGGAGAUUCCGGUGGACCAAUGGUGAUAAAACAGGGCACUCAGUGGAUUCAAGCCGGCGUUGUGAGUUUUGGCAGAGGCUGUGCUCAAGCCGGUUUCCCCGGCGUUUACGCGAGAGUGUCUGAGUACCAAAGCUGGAUCAACUCCCAGAUCACCACCGACCAGCCCGGUUUCGUCACAUUCACCUCAACCUCCGCAAGCACCAGCAGCUCAACCCGCCUUCUCUUGUCAUUCUCUCUGGCUGUCAUCCCCACCUUUCUCUUCCACUAUGUCUUUGCCUGA